GUCUAAUUACCAUAUGGAUUUGGUACCACCAUUCCCACAAAACCAUUUGGUUUCGAAAGAGUGGUUCGAGGUGAAGGGAAGGGACCACAAUGGUCGACAUGUUUGAGUUACCGACGAAGGGUACGGGCUGCUGCAACAACGGCGGUGAUCCCAAUACUAUUAGUGAUUCAGAGCACGAUGCCAUAUCAGCAGAGAUCGGGAGCAUUAUUAAAGGAUUCGCUCUUCCCGAUGAUUCCAGCGUCGACAUCCUAAACGCCGACAAACCGGGAGAAGUUACAACGGAGACGCCCACACCGCUCUACAAUUUCAUACAAAAGCAGAAAUGGGAAAGUGUUGUUACCUUCUUGGAAACUGGCAAGUUCACAGAUUUUGGAUUUUUUGGGUUGGGAGCCAACGGCCCGGACAGCCCGGACCAAGGGAAGCAGGCUGCAACAUGGGUAACAACCAAGGACUGGUGGGGGACGAUCACUUCCCAACGACUGCCCAUCCAUUUUGCCAUUAUUCAGGGGGCACCCAUGAAAGUCGCCUACAAGCUACUGGCUGCGAACCCAAAUGGAAUCCGGUCUACGGAUGCGGACGGAAAUCUACCUCUGCAUCUUUCUUUCAAGCAUAAAGCAGCUGAGGAUGUCAUAGCCUUUUUGUUGAAAGCGUUUCCCGAGGCCGUAAGUGUCAAGAACAACGAUGGCCAAAGGCCCGUGGACUUUGCCGAGGUUGAUGCCGGAGAUAUUAUCCAAAUGUGCGUGGAUCAAACUAACCGAGAGGGAAAGAAGGAAGAAGCGAGACUUUGCAAAGCCUUGGAGUCCGAAAAGAACCGUCUCCAAGAAAUCUUGGAUCAGUUGUCUGAGAUACGAGGUGAACUGGAUCAUCUCCGAAAACUCAAGACAGACAGUAUGGACAUCUUGGCACGCGACAACAAGAAGAAAGUACCAGAGAAGUUUGUGAAUACAGACAUGGCCUCUGGAACUGGUGUAGAAGUUGUCACUACAUCGCAGCAGAAGAAGAAGGGGGUGAUCAAUGGAAAGUUCAAGCUGAAGUGGAUGCGCAAGAGGGUAGACGCUAAUGAUGUUCGUGCUGAAUAAAAGAAAAGCAGGGGCUAUGGGAGCCUCGAUCGAGAAGCGUAUGGCGACCAGCAGAAAGACAAAUAAUACAAUGCCCGCUUUCGUUUCACAAACUAGUCCAGGAAUGACAUGGCAUAAGUUUCAUAAAUCAACAUUUGUUUUAGU